CGCCCCUUACCUGGCUCUACAGACAAAUCAGUAAUCCUUCGAUUCGGCUCUGACAGCUCUUUGCGUCUUACUUCCCGUCUGACAGUUAAAUACUGGCACAUGAAAAAGAUUUUAUAUUUUGUGCCUUUCAUAAUUUGCAUGACAUUGCAGCCGUCGGACUGUCUAUCAAACUGACGUUAGCUGCUUUCUCCGGCUAACUUAUUAACCGGUAGCAACACAACGUCCAGCUGACGGAACACUGAGCUUGUUAGCUACCUAGCUAGCCCAGCUGUCUCUCCAGUCGAGCUGCCCUUUGUCUUUACAAGCAAGACAGCUAGCAGGCGUUGUUACUUCUCUGAGCUAGCUGACACCGGCUUCUGCAAAUUCACUUUUUUCGCCUGACAAGAGCUAAGCAAACCAAGAUAGGCAGCUUGGGAUCCAAAAUGUCGAACCGAGUGGUGUGCAGAGAAGCAAGUCACGCCGGGAGCUGGUACUCUGCCUCGGGAUCCCAGCUGAAUGCACAGCUAGAAGACUGGCUGUCCAAAGCACAGUCCACGAUCAGACCUGCUAGAGCCAUCAUAGCGCCGCAUGCUGGCUAUACCUACUGUGGUGCUUGUGCAGCACAUGCCUACAAGCAGGUUGAUCCCUCUGUUACUCGUAGGGUGUUCAUCCUGGGACCUUCACACCAUGUGCCCCUCUCCCGCUGUGCCCUGUCACCUGCAGAAAUCUAUAGAACACCUCUCUAUGAUCUGAGAAUCGACCAGAAGGUUUAUGCUGACCUCUGGAAAACUGGGUUGUUUGAGCGGAUGAGUCUGCAGACAGAUGAAGAUGAGCACAGUAUUGAAAUGCACUUGCCUUACACUGCUAAAGCCAUGGAGAGCCACAAGGACGAGUUUAGCAUCGUGCCCGUGCUGGUGGGAGCCCUGAGUGAGUCGAAGGAACAGGAAUACGGGAAGCUGCUCAGCAAGUACUUGGCGGACCCUUCCAACCUUUUCAUUAUCUCGUCUGACUUCUGCCACUGGGGUCAACGUUUCCGCUACACAUACUAUGAUGAAUCUCAAGGGGAGAUCUACAGGUCUAUUGAGCAUCUUGAUAAAAUGGGGAUGGGCAUUAUAGAACAGCUGGAUCCCAUGUCUUUCACCAACUACUUGAAGAAGUACCGCAACACCAUCUGUGGGCGUCACCCGAUUGGAGUGCUGCUAAAUGCUGUGGCUGAGCUGAGGAAGUCUGGUUUAGAAAUGAACUUCUCUUUCCUGAACUACGCCCAGUCGAGUGAGUGCAGGAACUGGCAGGACAGCUCUGUGAGUUACGCUGCCGGGGCACUCAUCGUUCAUUGAGGUCGACUUUUACGGGGCCCACUGCAGCGCCGUCACCCUGCCCUUACUAUCUAUCGCCAUAACCAGACCUAGACACCCUCCCCCUCCCCCUCAACCCCCCCAGUUACGCCCACUAUUUGCAGGAAGGACCUAGACACUCAAAGCCAAUACAGUCUUCUCUCUGUCUCUCUCUUUCUCUUAGCUCUCCUCCACCUUUCUCCACCCUCCUCUCAGUUUGAAGUGUGUCUCGGAGCUUUUGGUUGAAACAUUUUGUUUGAAGUGCAGUUUUGAGAUUAAGUAGGAGAAAAUGGUUCGAGGAGAUAGGUGGGAAGAGCGCGUACUAGUUUGGCUUGGAGUAAGCUUAUUUGGGUUUAUGCAAGGACUGUAGUUGUCCUCUUAGUUCCUCUUUGUUUUUCCUGACAGACCAACGGAUUUGAGUUGUAAAAAUGCAAAAGGAAUGAAAAUAAAAGUGCAGAGCUUAAAGGAGAAUACUGAGAUGUUGCCGGAAAAUGAAAUGAGUGUUUUGACUGACUACUUCAAGCUACAUGCGACUUUGAAAACAGUGUCAUAGGUAGUUACUACCAUUGCUCAACAUAUGUUGUAGUUGCUAACAAAGGGCUGCACCCAACAACGUUCACUAACCCCUACUGUACAAAACCAAAAACUUUAUUACUCUGAGUUUAUUAAAUAUUAUCUUUUAUUCACA